UUACAGGUAAUGUUACAGAAGACAUACAGUUUCUUGCAGCGACUAAUUUGUCCGGUUUUCGUCGCUCCAACCAAUCUUGUGUUGGUCUCUUCUUGUUAUGUCCACCAUCACAAAGAACGCCACAACCUACGACUCUUUCUCGGCAUUCAGCGUUCGAACAAGCACAAAGCUAACCGAAACACACACAUCAAUGAACGGAAAUUUUCUCGGCUUCGCGCUAAAAAGAAUUUCAACAUUGAAUUGCCUGAUGAUGAUAUGCAAGAACAGAGGCAAAAAAUGAGUCCAUUGGAUUUGCGACUCCUUUUGCUGAAGAAAGGAAUCAACCCAUAUAGAGACGUUACACCCCAGACAUGGAAGGAGUUUCAAGUGACUUUCAAUUCGUGUUAUCAAGUAAUGGAUCCUUUUAUUCCGAGAGAAGAACCUUCACCUGAUAAUCCUUACACUGUUUUUCGGAAAAACCCGUUGAAACUAUUAGGUUUACCUUUCUUACUACCUCCAGAAUUCUACGAGAAGAAAGAAUCUUUGGAAUACGCUUUAUUAAGAGCAGAAGAAGGACGACUCACGGCAUACCAACAUAAGUAUUUUAACCAUAAACACGGCAUGAAGCGAAUACGUAAAAGGAAGGGAUUUGAAAAUUUCAGUGUUAAGACUUUUCCGGCUACUGCUGAUGAAAUUUAUAUUGAGGCUCACAGAGCUUUGAUGACUCGUGAUAAGACUGCAUUACAGAAAUAUAUAACAGAAGCUGCGUUUGGGAAAAUGUGGCCGGAUGUAGAAAAUGGUUCAGUAAUAUGGGAAUUAAUUAAACAUAUCGAACCAUCACGCGUUGUAUCUGUUCGUUGUGCUGAUUUCCCACACCAGUCUGGAAAUGAUAUCGCCCAGAUCAUCGUUCGAAUGUAUACAAUGCAGAAAAUUGCGCUUUACGACCGUUUUGGUAGAUUAAUACUCGGAACAGAACAAGAGGCAAAACCAGUACUGGAAUAUGUAGUUUUCGAAAAUCAUAUUGCUAGCUUUGAUGGUAUUUGGAGGUUACACGACAAAGUUUAUCCAGAAUGGGUUAAACCCAAACGAGAUUUGCCUAGGCAAACGACGAUCUCUCAGGAGCAUUUACAAAUCCAGACCAGGCAACCGCUCAAAUUAGGUGGUGGUCGAGAACUAUCAGUACCUGAAGAAAAGUGAUAAGCUUCUUGCCGCAUCCGGAAAAGAGUUCUGCUCGUGAAUGUCAUGUUUUUAUAUCUCGAUGUGAUGUAAAAAAUAUGGAAAUUGCGUUUAACUUUUGGAAAAAUGUGACGCACCGAAUUCCUUUAAUGAAUCAAAUAAACUUUUAAUUUAC